AUGGCUAGGCUAUUGCCUUCUCUCUUCUCCCUUAGUUUCCAUUAUGUUAUUGUAACCACAGUUUUCAUUUCUAUUCCAAGGCUUACCCAUUCAUUAACACUAGAUGCUGAUAUUGAAGUACUUCGUGCCUUGAAGCGUGGCCUUGAUCCGAACUCAAUUCCUCCAACAUCAUACCUUAAUACUUGGGAUUUCGACUUGGAUCCAUGCCAAGUUAUGGGAGGACAGUUUCUAGGAAUUUUAUGCACUAAUCCUCUAGACAAUUCUUCUCAGAGAAUCACGGCACUUGAUCUCGAUGGAAUUGGAUAUGAUGGGUUUUUGACACCAUCAAUCGGAAACCUAACUGAGCUCACCAUCCUCAGUCUAGACAAGAACAAAUUUCGAGGACCAUUUCCAGGAACCCUCUCCAAUCUUAAAAAGCUCACCAGACUUUCACUGGUGGAUAAUUACUUCACAGGCCCCAUUCCUAGAGCAAUCCCUUCGCUUAACAAUCUUGAAUAUAUAGACCUUUCAGGAAACAGUUUCUCUGGCUCCAUUCCAACCAAUAUCUCUGGAUUACGAAGCUUGACCUACCUGAGCUUGUCAAACAAUGGAUUAGCUGGAAAAAUCCCUGACCUUAGAGGGUUGUGGCAGCUGCAAACUUUAGAUCUUGGUACCAACCAGUUCCAUGGAAAUUUUCCAAUUUUUCCUGUGAGAUUGAGAUCACUAUCCCUAAGCCAUAAUUUAUUUUCAGGCCAUAUUUCUCCAGUUAAGAGGCUCACACACCUUAGGAGGCUAGAUAUAAGUGACAACAGAUUUUCAGAUACCAUCAGCAAGGAUAUUCUUUUACUGCCUAGGUUGGUUCACCUUAAUGUUUCACUCAAUCGCUUCACCGCAAUAGAGACUGUCAACUUCUUUGGAGAAGAGACCCCGCUUGAGGUGCUUGAUGCAGAAAAUAACCAUUUUCAUGGUAAUUUGCCUGUCAAUUUGGUUACAAUUCGGAAUUUAAGCACACUUAAUCUGGCACAUAAUCUGUUCUCUGGUCCAAUACCAAGCGAAUAUGGAGACAAACCAGGGCAACCAUGGAGAGCUCUGUACUUGGAUAACAACUUUCUGUCAGGAAAUCUACCACCAGAGUUCAUCCGUCACGCAACAAGGGUAACAAUCAGUCUUGCAAACAACUGCCUUAGGUGUCCAAGGGGCAUACCUCUGUGUCGUGGAGGGCAAAGAUCAGCUUCAGAAUGUGGUGAAAAGAACAAUCGUGGUGGGUAAGCAAUUCAUCAGAUCAAUGGAUUAAGAGAUUCAUCAGAACACAAUGGCAUCAUGGAGUCAUUAGGGAAAUUUAACAGUUUAUUUUUUAGUAAAUCCAAGUCAUUAUCCAAAGUAGAAAAGCUUGUUUAACUUUCAAACAAUAAAAUCAAAUAAUUAUGAAUGUGAAGACCAUGAACGGGUCUUUUAUUCAUUAAUUAAUUUCUGGUUAGGUGUGUUCCCAAUUCUCUGUAUAAAUGCUUCUGAAGUU